UGUGACCAACAGGCACAACCACAACGGUCCUUGCUAUGCAUAUCCGGGAUCCUUGGGCCGUCCCAACUCUAACGUUACCCCAGUCAUCUGAAAUGUAAAAGGGUUCGGUAAAGGUUAUGGUAGUGGUUAGGUUAUGGACGUCCCAAUGAUCCCCUAUAGCACUAACUCCGAGAAUGUUUUUUUCCCCUCAAAGUUGCGGGAUGUCACGUGUACUUAUAUGUACACUCGGAACAACCUAAGCAUUACGAAACUUCUAUCCGAUCAAAUAUGCCUCACGUAGCAAAUAAACCGUUCCGUUUUUUGUUGACCAAAUUCUACCGUCAUUGACCUUUAUACAAAAGCUCCUCCCUUGGUGAGCGAAAAAACGCCACCUGCUGGAAGAGACAGAUUUUGGGCCGAGUUUCCCCUCUCGCUUUGCCUCUUCCUCUUUGACUAUCUUCAUUUAUCCACCAUCUUUGUUAGAGGUUCAGCUCCUCUCUGCGCAGACUCACAGAUGGGAUCGUCUGAUGAUAUGUGUGAACAACGUGUUGCGUUUAUCAUGACGUAUACAGAUCUACGCAAACGACGUACGUUGUUGACGGAAGAUAGGAGAGUGCGCUUGGUAAACUUUUCUGUCUUGACAGAACAGUUUCACUUGCGUGAGUGCGAGUGUCGAGACAUGCAUACCGGCUCUUCCAUUUUCAACUUUUCGUGCAUAGGAUUUGGAACAACCCGUCAGAUCUGGAUUUAAAUCCUUCUUUUGAACAUGAGGCUGUGUGUUGCUGGGACUUGACAGGAGCUGAUCCACAGUGGCAGAGACAGAAUGAUGCUGCCCACUCCCUGCUACUCAACCACAGCUACUAACAGUAGGCGUGUCACCCAGCUGAUCUGCUGCCGUAGAGAGUUCCAGAACACUCCAGAGGAGGACGACGAGACCUCUACCACCCGCCCUGAUCUCCACCCUGAUCUCCACCCCGAUCUCCACCCCGACCUCCACCUCCACCGUGACCCCCCCAGCUCCAUGGCUGGCUCCCCCCUCAGCAGUCGGAGGGCUAUGGGGGACCUGGCAGGGCCCAGCUACACCCUGUAUCAGCCUCCUGUAGGCCUCCCAGCCGGGUACAGCCAGCCUACCCCGUUCCCCAGUCAGGCUUAUGGCUCCUGGCUUCACCCCAGCUACACCAGCGUCUGGUCUGGCCCUGGACCUGCUUACCCCAGCAGCCUGCCCUCCUGCCUCACCCCCCCAGACUACCCCAGCUACCCAGGGGAGAGCUGCUACUCCCAGGGAAGGUCCCUGUCCCUCCCCCCCCUACCGGGCCGAUACAGCCCUACUAUGACCAGCCUGGAGCAGCCCCAGUCCCUUCACUCCAUCCCACCGUCAGCAGGCCUCUACCACAACACUCUGACCCCAAACUACUGCUGCACCCAGUGCCCUGUGGAGGGCGUCAACAUUGGCCCCUACCACAGCCCCCGGCCCGUCGCUGGUUACCGCCUACCCUACAGGCCCAUGUAUAACUGCAGACUGCCAGGUGCAGGCUACGUGCAGAGUGGUCACAUGAGUCCCCAUCCUGAACCCAAGACCAACCACUGCAGUGCCCCCCUCUCCGUGGAACAAAGAAGAGUGUUUGUGACAUACGAAGCUGACAGUGAUAAACACAUCAAACAGAUCAUCAACUUUGUGGGUUUGCUGAGACACAACGGCUUCGACACACACAUCGAUAUGUUUGAGCAGCAGUUCCGGAGCAUCAGUAAGAUCGACUUCAUGGAGCGGUACCUCAGCGAGAAGGAAUACCUCAUAAUCAUCAUCAUCAGUCCAAAGUACCAUGAGACUGUGACCUCAUCACCGGUUAGCUUGGAGAACGACGAGAGGAUCCUCAACACAGUCUACAUACACAAACAGCUGCAGAAUGAGUUCAUUCAGAACGGCAGUAAAAACUUCAGGUUCAUCCCCAUCCUGUUCCCUGGAGCUAAGAAGUGUCAUGUCCCUACGUGGCUCCAGAACACUCACGUCUACAGCUGGCCUAGGGACAGAGAUGACGUCCUGCGCCGCCUGAUGAGAGUAGAGAAAUACAACCCUCCUCCUAUCGGGAAGCUACCCACCAUCGUCUCUAUCCCCAUCUAAC